AUGUCACCAAACUCCGAUGCAGUGGAAAUGGAAGACAGACGACUCGCAUACGCUUCUUCGCACAGUCAGGAGCCCAUCGCGAGUACUAAUCUGGGAUCGCUGAUCAGCUUUCAUAACAUCAAUUACGAAGUAAUGGUCAAAAAACAGAAGAAGGUCAUUCUUGAUAAUAUCAGCGGGAUAUUUGGCCCAGGAAUGAACGCCAUCAUGGGACCAACCGGAGGAGGCAAAUCGUCUUGUCUGGACGUGUUAGCUGGUCGAAAGGAUCCAGCAGGUCUUAGCGGCUAUGUCCUUAUAGAUGGACAAAAACAACCACCUAACUUCAAAUCCAUGUGUGGAUAUGUGCUACAGGAUGAUAUCGUGAUGGGUACGUUAACCGUAAAAGAAAAUCUAAUGUUCUCUGCGCAAGUGAGAUUGGCGGAGAAAGUGACCGUGGAACAAAAAAACCAGCGGGUGAUCCGAGUAAUAAAGGAGCUUGGGCUUCAGACAUGUGCUAACACACGGGUGGGUACAGAAUUCGUGCGAGGAAUUUCAAGUAGCGAAAGAAAACGCUGUAACAUUGGCAUCGAGAUGAUUACGUUACCACCCGUGCUUUUCCUAGACGAGCCAACAACGGGUCUUGAUUCUAACACAGCUAGCUCUGUUUGUAAGCUGUUAUUAAAACUGGCAAAACGCGGGAGAACUAUUAUCUUCUCUAUUCACCAGCCACGCUACUCCAUCUUCAAGCUGUUUGAUCGUCUGCUCCUGCUGGCGCGAGGAGAGGUGAUGUACCAUGGCGACGCCCAGGCGGCUGUCCACUACCUGGACAGCAUCGGUUUUAGCAUUGAGGAAAUGAACAAUCCACCUGAUUUCUUUCUCGACGUUAUUAACGGAGAUACGGACCAAGACCGAAAACGCACACCAGAAGAUGAUGAUGAAGAAAACGAGAAGACAGAGAAUAUUGCACAAUCAUCUGAAGCCAACAAACAUUUAAAUAAAUCACAGAGUACGAAUGAAGCCGAUCAGAGAUUUGACCGCAUGGCAGAACGCUUCAACGUCCUAUUGAAAGCUUACAAUCAGUCGGAAUAUAACCAACGAGUGCAGAAGGAGAUCGAUCCGAUCCUCAACGAUUACAACGCCAGGGUGGCGAGCGGUACUGAGCAACAACUCAAGGCAGUAGAUUACAGCAACGGAUGGGGUCACCAGCUGAAGAUCGUCUCCGGGAGAGCUGGACUCAACAUUAUGAGAAAUCCAAUGACUUCUGUUGUGCAGACAGUUGUAAUGCUGAUCCAAGCGGUUGUAGUUGGAACCAUCUACUUUCAAAUUGGUGGCAAUCCUCUCAAUGCAAUUCAAGACAGAGUUGGAGUUUUUUUCCUCAUCCUCCUCGGCUUGGUGUUUGGAAACUUGUCAUCCGUUGAACUCUUUAUAAAGGAACGUCCGAUAUUCAUUCACGAGAACAUCAGUGGAUUCUACCGAGUGUCUGUAUACUUUAUGGCGAAAGUCUUCAGCGAUUUUCUUCCCCGACGAAUGGUGCCUGUGGUUGUGUAUUCGGCUAUAACAUACUGGAUGAUUGGCUUGCGUGUUGAUGCGGCUGCGUUUUUCGAGUUUUUCCUCGUCCUGAUUCUGGUGACGAUCGCUUCAUCCGGAGUAGCGUUCGCAGCAUCAGCAACAUUCAAUGUGUUUGCCAUCGCGAACAUGCUCGCAUCAAUGUGCUUUCUUUUGAUGAAUAUAUUUGCUGGUUUGCUGGUUAACCUGAACACCAUGCCUGUCUGGCUCUCUUGGAUAAAGUACCUCAGCAUCCAACAUUAUGCUUUCAACGCGCUUUCUCUGAUCGAACUCAAAGGAGCUCAAUUCUGUGCUAACGUCACCGUUGAGGAGGAACUCGUAUAUACGUGCACGAAUGGAUCCGACUACCUCACUCUAAAUGGUAUGCAGUUCGAUUCGGAAUGGGACCUUUGGAGGAAUAUGGUCGCUCUGACUGGGCUUGGCUUAGGCUUCAUGACACUUUCAUAUCUACAGCUAUUCCGUAUGAAGAAGCUGAAGUAG